AUGGCAGAGAUCCCUGGUGCCACCAGUCCCGGUGCUGCAUUACCUGAUUUUGUGGUCAGGCUCAAAACCAUUUUUGAUUGUUUCUGGAGGCAGCUGAUGCACAGAGCCGGAGAGCACCAGCAACAGAGAGACACCCACGAAACAUGUAUCCAGCCAACUUGGAAACCUACCAGCACGCCCCAGAAGGAGAAAGCAUGCUCUAAGCAUGAGGCAAACCCAAAAAUGGUGGAGAUGCCCAGGCUGCCACACCACAACCACAGCAGGGAGGAACAUCCCAACAGUUCAACUCAAGCCUACUCUAUCCCGAGUGGAUUGUUUCCAAGGAAGGCCUCUGAAACCCAAGCUGGGUCCCCCUCUACACUCCACUAUGGAACCACUGCAGCCCACACCAAAGCCACUGUGCCUGCUGACUGUUUUGCCACCUCACCACUCUGCAAUACCUCAGAAUGGCAUUGGAUGACCAUAGACUGGGACUCUUGCCGGCUGGUACUAACCUCCUUCUAA